AUGGGGAUGGGACACUCAGAUCCAGAGAACUUGGAAGCCUUGUGUUUUCAAGUUCAUCCCACACUAACUUCUCCUUUUACUCUCUCUCUGCCUCCUGAUGCAGGUCUUGGCCACUCUGCUGAACUGGCAUUUGCCGUGGAGCCGAGCGAUGACGUUGCAGUCCCUGGGCAGCCCGUGUUGCUGGGCUGCAAGGUGGAGGGGACCCCUCCAGUGCGAAUCACCUGGAGGAAGAAUGGGGUGGAGCUGGCGGACAGUACCCACUCCACUGUGCUGGCUAAUGGGUCCUUGAUGAUCCGCCACUUCCUGCUGGAUGGAGGAGGCGGCCCUUCAGAUGAGGGGGACUAUGAGUGCGUGGCCCAGAACCGCUUUGGGCUGGUGGUCAGUCGGAAGGCUCGAAUCCAGGCUGCAACCAUGUCAGACUUCCACGUGCAUCCUCAGGCCACCGUGGGCGAGGAGGGCGGUGUGGCCCGCUUCCAGUGCCAAAUCCACGGGCUCCCCAAACCCCUCAUCACCUGGGAGAAGAACAGGGUCCCCAUUGACACGGACAAUGAGAGGUACACGCUGCUGCCCAAGGGAGUCCUGCAGAUCACAGGCCUUCGAGCUGAGGACAGUGGCGUCUUCCACUGUGUGGCCUCCAACAUCGCCAGUGUCCGGGUCAGCCACGGGGCCAGGCUCACUGUGACAGGCUCGGGCUCUGGAGCCUACAAGGAGCCCACGAUCCUCGUGGGGCCUGAGAACCUCACCCUGACUGUGCAUCAGACCGCUGUGCUCGAGUGUGUCGCCACGGGCAACCCGCGCCCCAUUGUGUCCUGGAGCCGCCUGGGUGAGCCCCGUCCUGCAGCCCCCGCCUCUCCCAACCCUGGGAGG